AUGCAAGAGGUUGUGCUGCAAGUGCAAUUAAUUUACUUCAUUAUUUUGAAAACUGGGUAUGUUGUGCAGGGACUUCCAGCAUACCCGCCAAAUGUCAGCCACACAGAGGUGUUGCCAGCAGCUACAUCGGUUUUCUGCAGGCAGAACCGCAGCCUCUACUGCUGCAUAUUCCGCAACAUCUCGGAAUGGCAGCUGGAUUCAGUACUGUUGGCUGCGUGGGAUUCAUCACCUGAGACAGAAAAGAACAUUUACAUAUCGGAGGUCCUUGACAUAUUUGGGACAGAUGGCUGUAAACUGAUGAUUAAUCCAGGACUGGGAAAUCUACACAGCCGUCUGACUGCAAAUCCACAGCUGGCCUCAGAAGCAGCGUCACCAUCAGGCAGGAGGGCAAAUAAGAGGCCCCAUUUUUCUGCGUUCACCACUAUCAAGACGUGCAGUGGAAAAAGAAGACGGAUGCCUGCUGCUCAAGAAGUCGAGACCAUGCUGCUUGAUGGUUUUGCUGCAGAAGGAAUUGACGAGGCUUCCUUCAUUUUCAAAUGUAUACUUGAGGAGCCAAACCUACAAUUUGACAAUGAUUUUGAAUAUACUUGGGAACCUGUAGAAAUUUUGAAUUAUUUGGACCAAAGCAUAAGUAAUUUUUGGAUUAGCAUGCCAACUUUAGAUGACCUUCGGUUUCUGGAUAAUGAAAUGUGACAAUUCAUUCAUUCAUUUUAAAAUUCCAUGAAUCCUCUCUGGUCACAAUGUGCCUAGGAUGUAGAACAUGUCAGAUUACUUUAUGUACUGUAAUGACUAAUGCAGGUAAAUAGUUAUCAUUGGCACAAUCAUGUUGUAAAAACUAAAUCAUAAUAUAUACAAUUUGAUAGCAGUCUAAAAUAUACAAUUCAUAAAAUUGAAAAAUUA